UGAAUUUAUCUAUGAUUGUUACUAAUGUUACUUCCCAAAUGGAAACUUCUUAAUUUAUAAUUUAUUAAAAUAACAAUCCAUUCAUUUGAAGUGUUGAAGGAUGUCUGAUAACGAAGAGGAAAAUUUCUGCUUUUACGGCAAACCGCUUGAUCCAUACGAUGAAGAUGCCUUUCCCAAGAAAAGGCCCAUCACGGUGGAGGAACAAAUUGCUACUGAUUCUCAAGGUAGAAGAAGAUUCCAUGGAGCCUUUACUGGGGGAUUUUCAGCAGGAUUCUUCAAUACUGUGGGAUCCUUAGAAGGUUGGACCCCUAGUGAAUUCAAAAGUAGUCGGGGGGAUAAACAAAAACAUGUUACACGAAACCCUGAAGAUUUUAUGGAUGAUGAAGAUAUGGACGAAUUUGGAUUUGCUCCCCAAUCCAUACGUGCUACGAAGGAUUAUGAUACUAGUAAAAAAAGGAAGCGAAAGGUGUUUUCCGAAGGACCAAUUCCUGGAGAACCAGUUCUGCAUACUUUAUUAACUGCAGGUAAUGAAACAGUUGGCUAUCUCCUCUUGAAGAACAUAGGAAUGAAAGAAAAAAUAAAAACUAGAGAUGAAGAAUGCUCCACCAACAGAACGUAUGGCUGUGAAAUGCCCAAAACCUCUUCUCUUCCAGAAAAAUUAGAUACUAGCGAUUAUGAAUUACCAGAAUUUUACAAUAAAUUUUUAAUGAAUCCUAAGAAUGAUACAUUUAGUUUAGGUUACGUUGGUCUGGAUAAGAGCCAAUUUAACUUAUUCAAAAGCUCUGAUUUAAUAGUUCAAGAAAAAAAUAAAAAAUUAUCUAUACGAGGACAAGCUUUUGGCGUUGGGGCAUUUGAAAAUGAUGAUGAUGACAUAUAUGCUAAAGAAGAUAUGUCAAAUUAUGAUUUUGAACUCACUAAAGAAAGAGUGAAAUCUGUUAAUAACUUGAAUAAUCCUACAGAAAAAGUUUUCAAUACAUUUUUGAAGGCUAAAGUGAAUACUUUUAGAAGAGAAAUAUACCCUCCUCCAGUUAUACCUAAAAGUUUCACUGGAAAGCAUAAAGUUAAAAAGUCCAGAUUUGAACCUAUAGCAACACCUGAAGCAGAUAAAAUCAGUCGAAGUAAGAUCGAUCCAACCCAUCGUGCUGAACUACUUGGUGAAGAAACUAAUGAAAAGUACACCGCAUCAAAAAGUGUAAAAUCUCAUAGCAAUUAUGUGGAUGAAAAAUAUAUAAAAAAAGAAGAACCAAGUGAAACAGGGAAAAAUAUGAAUGUACCCGGUGAUAUCCCUAAAAAAACUGGGUUUGAUCCAAGUAGUCUUUGGAAUGAUCGUUUUGUAACCGGCGCACAAGAUGACGAAGCAACAAACAUAUUGGCCCCUGUUAAAAAAUACGAAAGUGACCAUUACAGUAAGGAGAUGAGAGAUGCAGCGAAACUGAAGAUGUUUGGGCCUCUUACGAGAAUUUCUGAAGAUUGGCAGCCAUGUUCAUUACUGUGUAAGAGGUUCAACGUUCCGGAGCCCUUAGCUGAUAAACCACGUGCCACGCAGAACAGAAUUAAAAUGAAGAAUCUCAUUUUCGAAUAUCAGAAACAUCACGAAGAAAAUGUUGCGUUCAAAUCUGGCUUGACUCAAGUAGCCCCCGAACCACCUGAAUUGAUUACAAUUGAUGAUAUCCCAACUGAAAGUAAAUCUCAAGACUCGGAAAACGUAGAUGAUCCUAAAAUAUCAGAGACACAAGUUGCGGAAGUAAAACAAGAAGUUGUGGAAACGGAUGAUAAUAAUGAAAAAAUACAACAAUUAAAAACCGAACAAAACGAUAAAGUACCAGAUGUGACGGAUCGACUGAAUAUUGAAGAAAAAGGGGAUUUAUUCAGGGCGGUUUUCCUGAGUAGUAGCGAGUCUGAAGAUGAAGAAGACAGUAAUGAAAACGUAGAGGAAAGAGAUGAUACGUCUGAUAAAAGAGAACUUGAAUUGAAGUCGAAUAUGUUGGGUGAAGAUUUGCAGUUACCGAAAAUUAAACCUCUCAAGGAGGGAAUUCUUUCCGGACUCAAUUUCAAGAGCGUCCACACUUUCACGAAACCAUUGGUUGAAAAUAAAGAGGCUACAGCUGAAACUACUACUCCGACAACUGAUGGCUCUAGCACCAACGAGUCAAAUCUAUACGGACCGAAACUGCCUGAAACUCUGCAAAUUCGUAAUAUUAUUGCAAGUGCGACUAGCAGUUCGAGCUUGAAAAAAUAUUCUGAAAGUAGCAGUGACGAGUGGGUGGAGAAGGAUGAUGUUGAAAAACCAAAAAAGAAGAAGAAGAAACAGAAAAAACAUAAAUCUUCUCACAAAAAGAAACAUAAGCACUCAAAAAAAAAUAGCUAGUGAGAGUAUGGUGUUUCUAUUAUGAUGAUGUGAAAUAAUUACUUUAAUGGCUGUGAUUAAACCUAGGAUAGUUGUAAAUAAAUAAUCAACUAAAUCUGA